GUCACCAUGACGAUAAGAUACCAUGGCUAAGUUAGUACACCGACAUUAACCUUGUGGAUCAGAUGAAGUUGUGUUAGACUUGACGCAUCCCUUGAAUAUGUUCCUGCAUCUGGCAGCCAUCCUGAUUCUCACUGUGGGAUCAUGCUCGGGAGAUUCCGUGACGGAGUACAAAGACUGCGGCUCGAGUGUUGGUGAAAUCAACCGCAUAGACAUUACUCCUUGUAAGAGCAGCGUCAGGUGCGGCAUUCCCCGGGGCAUCAACGCCACUCUCGCCGUCAACUUUACCGCAGCUGCACAGAUUACCUCAGCUAAAAACUUCAUAUGGGGAAUUGUUGACGACAACAUGUUCCCAUAUCCGGUUCCGCUGGAUGCGUGCGACCACAUGAAGUGUCCUUUACAGAGCGGAAGCCAGGCCGUCUACAACAACGCAUUCUUCAUUUCUGAAGCAUUUCCUAAGAUAAAUGUGACGGCCAAGUUUCAGCUGGUUGAUCAACUCGACAGACGCAUCAUCUGUUUCACAGUUCCUAUACAGGUCUUGUGGGGAUGACCACAUGUAUUUAUAGUUAAUACAAAUCUAUACGAA